AGGGAGAGCCGGAGCGCGGGGAGGGACAGCGAGGAAAACGUUUAAAAAACAAAAUUUUCAAUAUUUGGUCAUUUUUAAGGAUUCUCUUAUUUAAGGAUCAUCCAGAUCUCCGAGGAGAGGGGACUGGAGCGUGGGAAGAAUCACUUUUGAAUGAGCUCCUAUAAAGAAGGAAGAAAAUAGACCCACUGAAGACCCAGCAAGGACCAGUUGAGGACUGGAGAUGUUGGACACCAUCCUCCCUUCCCUACAGGACCUGGGCAGGAACGUGUUGCCCACACUGCCCUUGCUGAGCCAGGAAGAAGUCUCUACUAUUUGGGAGCAUGUAUCAGAAUUUGUGGAAAGACAGCUGUCUGUACACAAGGGUGUUCAGAUUCCAGGACUUGGAACUUUCACUUUCAUGAGACAAAAACUUGAGGUGGGAAACAACAAGUUUCUUCUGUUUCAGAGGCCCAUAUUUAUCAUGGCAGAGAAGUUAGUACAGCUCCAUGGACUGAAACAAAACAAAAUAUACACUCCUGGUGAUAUUCCAAUUGUUCCACUUAAUUUUGCCAUGAUAUCCCUGGAGGGCUCAUUUAACAGGGAUACAGUGGAAGGAUGUGUGAAGGAGACGUUGCUUUUUCUAUCACGAUCCAUUUCCAUCAAAAAAAAUGUGGAGUUUAUAUUCAAAGGAAUCGGGGUCCUCGUGAUCAGAGACGGCAGGGUGAAGAUGAGAUUUUUGAAGGACUUCCUUCUUAAAAUGGAUAGAAGUGGGGCUUUGGCAAAAGCCCUAGCAAAUAGGCCUGGCACAAUGGACUCCGUGUUAUCUAGCACAGAGAACUUCAAGGAGCAGACUAACAAUGUGCUUGCAUUUCCAAGGAUUGAGUUGAAAGAGAUGGAGAACAAACUACCUAUGAAGACCCUUGUAGAAGAAGGUGGAAAGAAUAAACCAAGGAAGUGCAAGUUAAAAGACGGGACAGACAAAGAAGGUGUCAGAGAGUACUUAUCACCCAAGAAACUUCCAGAUAGAAAAGUUGCCACCCCUGGCAAAGUGAGAAGCAUCAACUUGCCGAACAAGUUUGAGCAAAGUGGGGGACAGGCGAAGAGUAUGAACCCUGACAGCUUAUCUCCUUCAAGGUGUCUGAAAAAUGGCAAUGAAAUGAAACCUCAAAUCCCUCCAGCCACUGCUUGCCAGGAUCAUAAAAGGGCAGGGCAGGAGAUGUGUUAUGUGUGUUUGCAACGGGCACAACGGAAUUCCCCGUUGUACUACAGUGAGGAGAGGAGGAAGAGAGAUGUGGAGGAUGAGCGGCUCAUACAGCAGUAUCAAAUGUUGAAAGAUCAAGAGACUUUCUUCAAACACCAGCUGAGAAGUCUGGCUAGUAGAGAACAGAAUCAAAAAAAUGCUGCCUAUAAUCUGGGAGUUGCUGAAGCUAUGAGAAUCCACAAGAACGAGAAACCUGAAUUUUAUAAAUCCUUCCUAUUUGAUAAACGGCCAUUCAGUCCUGAGAUGAAGGCUUUGAAGCAAGAGGAAUAUUUCCAAAGCCUCCUGAAACAGAUGGAUAACAGACGGAAGAAGGAACUAAACCAAAGAGAAAACAAAGAGUUGAUGGAACGCCUGGAACAAGUGCAGCUCACAGAGGAACUUGCUGCACAAAGAGCCAAGUACAUAAAAGAUAAGAUGGAAGAAACAGAGUGUUACAAGAGAGCUUUGAAUGCACAGAUAAAGAACAAAUUCCCCCAGCUGCCCAUAUUUGAGCCGGACUCUUCUGAGCCCAUCUUUGGCAAUAAUGAGGAUGAGCUGUUGAUGGGAAAGCGAGAGCGAGAGCAGAAUUGCAUGAAGCACCAGCUGGAGACAGCUGCUAGCCGCAAGAGGAAGGCCAUCCUGAACCAACUGGUCGACCAGAAGCGGGAUCUGCAGAUGCUUCAGAAGACACAAAAAGAGCACCUGGCAGACAGAAAUGCUGAGCUGGAGCGAGUGAACAGAAUGAACCAGAGCUUACAGGAGGACUGGGAGCUGAGCGCCAAAAUGAAGAGGCAGCGGGAACUGGAGGAGAAGGCUUUCGAGCGGGCCUCAGACAAGCUCUUCCUCCUGGACCAGUGUGAGAAGUACCGGCGCUGCAGGCAGUGCCAGCGCUGCAUCUCCAACACGGGCCAGAGCAACCUGUGGCCAGUGAACAAGCAGCUCUGUGGCUCCCGGUUGUUUGUGUAAAACCCAAAGUUUGGACCUGUGUUUCCUGGCAGGACUUUUUAUGUUUUUAAUGUUUGAAAAAAUACGUCGUGCAGUUUCGGUGCUUUCGGGAGUAGCUUGCUUUUAACCACUUACUGAAAUCGCGUAGACAGGACUCCUGUCUUCCUCCCAACCUCAUAGAACUCUGCCAGGCCACGAGCUGGGGAUGGGACCCAGCUCCGCCCCGGCCAUGGCAGUGCUGCCGAUCCAGCCCUGCCGCUCCCUCCGCGACUUUGUGUAAAACACUGUAUCCUUUCUUCAUCUGUAAUGAAUAACGUCAUAAUAAAU